AUAACAAUUGGAGAAUCGAGAAGAAAAAGAAAUCCCUGCAGUCGAAGCUCGAGACCAACGAAGGCUCCACCAUGUACAGCAAGAAGCUGGAGCGGAUGCACCGCCCGGCCUCGGACAUCACCAAGUACGACAACGAGCCGUACAUGAAGAACCCGCUGCUCAAGUUCCGGAUAAGCGAGGUGCACGAGCGGCGGCACUUUCAGUUCCUCAAGCAGAAGGCGGCGGACGUCAAGGUGCGCGUGGCCCGCCAGAAAUGGCAGCCGGAACCGGACAUGCGUCUCCUGCCCCAGUCGCACUACGAGGACAACCUGCGACGCGAGGUGCGCAAGAUCGUUGUGCCGCCGAUGCUGCGCCGCACCGAGGCCAAGAUCCUCAGUUUCGCCUCGGAGCGGCUGAAGAACAAGUACCCGGAGCUGGUGCAGGCCUACAUGCAGGAUGUGCACCAGGAGUUUAACCGCCUGAUGAAGGUGUACAGCAUGAAGAACAUCCUGCGCCAUCCUGAGUUCUCCGACGAGGAUCCCUCGCAGUUCGAGCUGCCCCGUCCUGACAUCAGCUUCCGGCGAGCUGGCCGUACUCAGAAUUACAGCAACUUCCUGGAGAACCGGCGACGCAUCGCCCAGAGGCUGCUGAUCCUACAGCUGCCGUUGCGCGCCAUUCUCAACAUAUCCGUCGGGGAGCUGCCCAACCUGGCCUGCGUCUUCCACUAUGUGAUGGCCACCGGAGCCAUGCAGCAGCAGCUGGGUCUGGGCGGCCGGGAAGCAUUGUCCCACAAGUUCUACCGCAAGUACAUUCAGAACCAGCUGGACAAGGUGAACACCUUUCUGCGGUGGACCUGGUACCCCAAGGUGGUGCUGGUGCUGCGCAAGCUGAUGCGCAAGCGUGUCAUGCCGAUGAGCACCUGGAAGCGGGCCUGGAACGCCCUGGAGGGUCUGAUGAACCGCGAGAUGACCAACAUGAAGAUCCGCACCUUCGAGGAAAUGUACCGCAUGUGCAGCCACCCGCGAACGAUGCCCAUGCUGCGCAUGUCCCUCGAGUGGGCCGAGUUCUCCAGCGACCUGGACACGCGUCCCAACGUGUGGGCCAUCCUGCGCACCUUCGCCGAGAUCGCCACCGAAAUAUCGAUGGUGGGCUACCGCAUGGAGCCACUGCAGCCGCAGGUCCAGACGCUCACCUCGAUGGCUAUGUACGCGAAGGUGAACGACUACCUCAAGAUCGAAAUGAACGAGAACUUCCUGAAGGAUGUGAUUGAUAAGGUUCAGGACAUUAUCCUGCGCACGUACCAGGAGGUGAUCCAGUACAUCGAAGGCUUUCGGGAGAAGUAUUAUGCUCUGUACUCCUGGCAGGAACGGGACGCCCUGAAUCAGUUUCUGUCCGAGCCGCACGAGUUCGAGGAGUACUUCGCCCGGAUCGACAUGUACUACGGCUUCAUCCAGAUGCUGCGAAGCGAGCCGGGAACCGAAUACUUCGUAAUGGCCGUGAUCCACAACGAACCAGCCGUAAUUGGACUUCGAACCCUGGCUGAAAACCUGAUUCAGGAGAUCACCACGAUCAUCAUUCGGGAGCACAUCAAGGCGGAGGUGGAGAUCUGCGAUGAGUUCGAGAAGAUCAAGUACCGAGCUUUGGAGAUCCCAAAGUCGACGGAGGAGCUCUUAGAGAGUGCUGAAUACAUGAUCUACGUGAAGAAGGAGAAAAUAGCAGAGUUGACCGACCGUAUUCAGUAUUGCCUGCAAGUCGGAACCAACAUAGUGGAACUGACCGAGAUGUCCAAGUACCACUUUGACCUGACCAUUAAGACCAUUAACUGGAUCAAGGACAUCAACGACAUCUGCGACUACAAUGCUUCGCAGCAGGAGCAGUUCAAGUUCACCUUCGAGGAGCACCUGCAGGAGGUCAUCAAGAAGCUGAACAUGGACAUUGACGACCUGCUGCCCAAGUUGGCGGUCAUCGACGACAUGAGUCGGCCGGACAAGUUCCGCGACAGCUACAUCAUCCUGCAGAACUUCAUAGAUCAGCUUAAGACCUUCGACGACUACGUGGCCUGGAUCAACAAGGAGGAGAAGCUCUUUAAGAUCGCCAUAACCGAGUAUCCAAAAUUGGAGAUCAUCAAGACGUUUGUUUAUCCGUUUGCCGAGCUUAUGAAACUUUGUAUUGAGUGGCAGCGGUAUUUAAGCGUGUGGAACGACGGUCCCUUUGAGUACCUGGAACCGCAGUUUGUGGAGAGAACUACGGACGAUUACUUAAAGGAGUUCCAAAAGAACCAGAAGUACUACAGGGUCAAGAUCAAGCAGGAUCUGAUCGACAAUCCAGUGUGCAAAUUUAAGGGUCAAACCGAAGAUCCUGAUCCGGCCAAGCACCCGGUGCCGCUUCGUCUGUGCACUUCGAUGAUCCAGUCGAUCAAGGACUUCACCACCGGCGUGUUUAUAGUGAACACCAUGUGCAAUCCGGCUCUGCGCAAGCGCCACUGGAAGGAGAUGUCGGAAAUAGCCGGCUGGGACGUGACGCCCGAUGCGGGGACCACUUUGCGAAAGAUCCUCAACUCGGGUCUGGACCCGGUGCUCGACCAGUUCGAGAUCAUCAGCAUCGGGGCCAACAAGGAGCUGCAGCUGUGGAACGCGCUGCAGGCGAUGAUCAAGGAGUGGGAAAGCAGGGUGUUUCCCUACGGUCCCUAUAAGGAGACGGGUGUGACGAUUCUCAGCAGCUUGGACGACAUCCAGGCUCUGUUGGACGACCACAUCCUCAAGACUCUGGUCAUGCGCGGCUCGGCUUUCAUGAAGCCCUGCGAGGAGGAGGUGCGCGCCUGGUACGAGAAGAUCAUGCGGGUGAAUGAGACGCUCGACCAGUGGGGCAAGGUGCAGGCCAACUACCUCUACCUGCUGCCCAUAUUCUCCUCCAAGGACAUUGUGGCCCAGAUGCCCGAGGAGGGUCGCCUCUUCACCAUCGUGGAGCAGACCUACACGCGGAACAUGGGCUUGGUUCUCCGCCAGCCUCUGGUAAUGGAAACUGCUCCCGUUGCGGGUCUGCUGGAGUCCCUGCAGAAGGCCAACGAGUUGCUGGAGGACAUUGCCACUGGAGUGAGCAACUACCUGGAGAAGAAGCGCCUGUACUUCCCGCGCUUCUUCUUCCUGGCCAACGACGAGAUGCUCGAGAUCCUGUCCGAGACGAAGGAUCCCCUGCGCGUGCUCCCGCAUCUGAGCAAGUGCUUCGAGGGCAUCAACAGCCUGGAGUUCGAUGCGGCCAAGAACGUGCUGGCGAUGAUCAGCAGCGACAAGGAGACGAUCGAGUUCAUCGAGCAGGUCUCCACGGCGGCGGCCGGCGGAAGUGUGGAGAAGUGGCUGGUCGGCGUGGAGGACGAGAUGCUCAAGGCGGUGCGCUACCAGAACGAGCUCUCCUUCGCCCACUACCCGAAGGUGAAGCGGCACGAGUGGGUGCUCGAGUGGCCCCAGAUGACGGUGCUGGCCAUCUCGCAGGUCUACUGGGCGUUGCGCGUCCAUGGCUGCCUGCGCCGCACCUUCGGCGGCAACAUGGCCAUCAUGAUGAACUUUUUCCAGGAUCUGUCCAAGGAGCUGACCGACAUCGUGACCUUAGUUCGCUCGCCAAAGAUCAGCAACCUUAACCGGAUCACCAUCAAGUCACUCAUUGUGAUCGAUGUGCACGCCAAGGACGUCACCGAGGACCUCAUCAAGAACAAGGUGAGCAGCGAGUUCGACUUCCAGUGGCUGGCCCAGAUGCGCUACUACUGGGAGGACGACAAGACCUGGGUGCGGAUCAUCAACGCAACCGUUCCUUUUGCCAACGAGUACCUGGGCAACUCGGAUCGCCUGGUGAUCACCCCGCUGACGGAUCGUUGCUACCGCACUCUGGUGGGAGCUUAUCAGCUCCAUUUGAACGGAGCUCCGGAGGGACCGGCAGGCACGGGCAAGACGGAGACCACCAAGGAUCUCGCGAAGGCGCUGGCCGUCCAGUGCAAGGUCUUCAACUGCUCCGACGGCCUGGACUACAAGGCCAUGGGCAAGUUUUUCAAGGGACUGGCCUCGUGCGGCGCUUGGGCCUGCUUCGAUGAGUUCAACCGGAUCGAGUUGGAAGUGCUCUCCGUGGUGGCCCAGCAGAUCCUGCUCAUCAUCCAGGCCGUGCGCAGCAACGCCGUCAAGUUCAUGUUCGAGGGCACUGAGUUGACCCUGAAUCCGGCCUGCUACGUCUGCAUCACCAUGAAUCCCGGCUAUGCGGGUCGAUCCGAGCUGCCGGACAAUCUUAAAGUGCUCUUCCGUUCGGUGGCCAUGAUGGUGCCGGACUACGCCAUGAUCGGCGAGAUCUCUCUCUACUCCUACGGGUUCGUCGAUGCCCGAAAGCUGGCCGUGAAGAUCGUGACCACUUACCGCCUCUGUUCGGAGCAGCUCUCCAGCCAGAAUCACUACGAUUACGGAAUGCGAGCCGUGAAGACGGUGCUCUCCGCCUGCGGCAACAUCAAGAAGCAAUAUCCGGACGAGGUGGAGGAUAUUCUGCUGCUGCGGAGCUUGAUCGAUGUGAAUCUGCCCAAGUUCCUCUCGUUCGAUGUGCCCCUGUUCGAGGGCAUCAUUUCGGACAUCUUUCCGGGCAUCAAGUUGCCCCACAUCGAUUACAGCCUGGUAGAAACGGAGUUUGUGCGAGUCUGUCUGGAGGAGGACCUGGAGCCCGCUCCCAGUUUCCUGCUCAAGGUGAUACAGACAUACGAGAUGAUCAUUGUGAGGCACGGAUUCAUGCUGGUGGGAGAACCGCUGGCCGGAAAGUCCAAGACACUCCAGGUGCUGGCCAAGGUCUUGUCCGCACUGAAAAUCAAGGCGCCGCAGAAGAGCAACUACUUUCAGCACGUCCAAAUGGGCAUCAUGAACCCCAAGUCCAUUACCAUGAACCAGCUGUACGGCUCCUUCGAUCCCAUCUCGUACGAGUGGACAGAUGGCCUGGUGGCCAAGAUCUUCCGUGACUUUGCCAUGACGCCCACACCGGAUAGGAAGUGGGUCAUUUUUGACGGACCCGUGGAUGCCGUUUGGAUUGAGAACAUGAACACGGUGCUGGACGACAACAAGAAGCUGUGCCUGACCAGCGGCGAGGUGAUCACCAUGACCAACGAGAUGUCGAUGGUGUUCGAGGUGAUGGACCUGGCCCAGGCCUCGCCAGCCACCGUCUCCCGAUGCGGCAUGAUCUACAUGGAGCCCUCGACUCUCGGAUGGCGGGCCUUCGCCAACAGCUGGCUAAAGAAGGCGGAUCCGCGCUGGGCGGAUGAGGAGAACGUGCCCUAUGUGCUGGCCCUGUUCCAGUGGCUGCUAACUCCCUGCCAGACUUUUGUGCGGCGGUACUGCAGUCAGUUCAUAAAACCAGGAGAGUUCAACUGCAUGCGGACCACCUUCAGCCUAUUCGAAAUGCAGAUUGCGGAGGCCAUCGAGGAGAACCCGGAGGACUACCAGAAGUACAUACAGAGCUACUUCCAGGCUGCCAUGCUGUACUCUCUGAUUUGGGGAGUGGGCGGCGUGCUGGACACCGCCUCUCGGGAGAAGUUCGAUCUGUUUCUGCGGAAGCUUUGGGACAGCGAUCCUCCUCCGCCGGAGCCUCUGGGAAAAAUGGAGAUAACUCCGCCCAACGAGGGACUUUUGGUGGACUACGUCUUCUUGUACAAGCAGCGCGGAGCGUGGCGAUAUUGGCCCGAUCUUGCCAAGCGCAUGGACGUGGAGGAGACCAAGACGGGAGUGAUUGUGCCCACGGUGGACACGGGGCGGUACAUCCACCUGCUGAAGAUGCACGUGGAUCACAAGAGGCGAAUGCUGCUCGUUGGACCGACGGGCACUGGGAAAACGGUCUACAUCCAGAACUACCUGAUGAACAAGCUGGACAAGGAUGUGUUCGAGACGGGAUUCAUCACCUUCACCGUGAUGAUCUCGGCCAACCAGUGCCAGGACCUGCUCAUCUCCAAGCUGCAGAAGUGGAAGCGCGGCAUCUACGGCCCGCCGAAGGGCAUGCAGAGUGUCCUCUUCGUGGACGACAUGAACAUGCCGGUGAAGGAGGUCUACGGCGCCCAGCCUCCGCUGGAGCUGCUGCGUCAGUUCUUCGACUACGGUCAUGUCUACGACCUGAAGGACAGCUCCAAGGUCUUCAUCCACAACGUGCUGAUCAUGGCGGCCUGCGGACUGCCCGGCGGCAGUCGCCAGGAUGUCUACGCCCGCUUCCUGAACCACUUCAACGUCUAUUCGAUUAACACGUUCAGCGACGACAGCAUGUUCCGCAUCUUCCUGAACGUGGCGCUCAAUGGCUUCCGGCGCUGUGGCCACGGCCAGGAUGUGUUCGUGGUGACCAACCAGAUAGUGAGCGCCACGCAGAGCAUCUACAAGCUGGUCCAGUCGGAGAUCAGGGCCACGCCGGCCAAGUCGCACUAUAUAUUCAACCUGCGCGACAUGUCGCGCGUGGUCACCGGAUGCACUUUGGUGCGCAAGGAGUCCGUCACGGACAAGAAGAUCUUCGUGCGGGUCUGGUACCACGAGGCCAUGCGGGUCUUCUACGAUCGCCUGGUGGACGACGUGGACCGCAAGUGGAUGUUCGAGAAGCUGAACGAUUGCCUGAAGGCCAAUUUCAAGGAGAAGGUGGAGACUGUCUUCGAAAGAUACUGCGUUCCGGGAAAGGACGAGCCGGAGUUCACCAUGGAGGCGGCCAGCAACAUCCUGUUCGGCGUGUACUUCGACGAGGACAGCGUGCCGGACGAGCGGCGCUACGAGGAGGUGCCCAGCAUGGAGGUCUUCCUGAACCUGGCCAAGACCAGCCUGGAGGACUACAACUCGACGCGUCGCAACAAGAUGGACAUCACCCUGUUCACCUUUGCGCUGCAGCAUCUCAACCGCAUCUGCCGCAUCAUAUCGAUCCAGGGAGCCAGUGCCCUGAUCAUCGGACUGGGCGGAUCCGGUCGCCAGUCCCUGACCAAGCUGGCCACCAACAUGGUGCAGACGUCGUUCUUCCAGCCGGAGAUCACCAAGAACUACGGGGCCAACGACUGGCACGACGACAUCAAGGCGAUCCUCAAGGAGGCGGGCGGCAUGAACAAGCACACCACCUUCCUGAUCACCGAAAACCAGAUCAAGAUGGAGCUCUUCCUGCAGGACAUCGACUGUCUCCUCAACCAGGGCGAGGUGCCCAACAUCUUCCCCAUCGACGAGAAGCAGGAGGUCCUGGAAAUGGUUCGCCUGGCUGCGCAGGGAGGCAACCGGAACAUCGAUGUCUCCGCCCUGCAGGUCUUCUCCUUCUUCGUGGACCGCUGCAAGCAGAAACUGCACAUGAUCCUCAGCUUCUCGCCCAUCGGAGAUGCUCUGAGGACGAGGGUGCGUCUGUAUCCCUCACUGGUCAACUGCUGCACCAUCGAUUGGUACGACAGCUGGCCCGAGGAGGCGCUGGCCAUGAUUGCCCAGAUGUCGCUGCUGGACGUCAAUGUCCCCAGCGAGGACAUCAAGCUGGCCAUCAUGGACACCUGCCAGUACUUCCACACGACGGCGGCGAAGACCACGCGAGCCUUCUGCCAGAUGACCGGACGCCACAUCUACCAGACGAACGCCUCCUUCAUCGAGCUGAUCCGCUCCUUCCAGACGCUCAUCGCCCGCAAGCAGAACGAGACGAUGCUGGCCAAGAUGCGCUACAUCGGUGGCCUGGACACUUUAGCUCAGGCAGCCGCCGCCAUCUCGAUCAUGCAGCGGGACCUGAAUGCCCUGCAGCCCAAGUUGGUCGCCCUGGCGGAGGCGUCGCGCAAGAUGAUGCUGGAGAUCAACAAGGAGACGCUGGCCGCCAGUGCCGCCGCCGAGCAGGUGAAACGGGACGAGGAGGUGGCAUCCGUGCAGGCCGAGGCCGCCCAGGUGCUGAAGCACGACUGCGAGCGGGACCUGGCCAAGGCCAUUCCCGUCCUGGAAGACGCCUUGGCUGCUCUGAACACCCUCAAACCCGCGGACAUAACGCUGGUCAAGUCGAUGAAGAAUCCCCCGCCGGUCAUCAAGCUGGUGAUGGCGGCAGUUUGUGUGAUCAAGGGGAUUCCCCCCGAGCGCAUCCCGGACCCGGCCUCCGGCAAAAUGGUGCAGGACUACUGGGGACCCAGCAAGCGGCUGCUGGGCGAGAUGAACUUUCUGCCGGCACUGAAGGAGUUCGACAAGGACAACAUUCCGGCGGACAUCAUGAAGCGCAUCCGCAAGGAGUUCAUCCCCAACAAGGACUUCGAUCCCAAGGUGGUGGCCAAGGCAUCCAGUGCAGCCAAGGGUCUCUGCCAGUGGAUCAUUGCGAUGGACAUGUACGACGAGGUGGCCAAGGUCGUGGCGCCCAAGAAGGCCAAGCUGGCCGGGGCGGAGAAGGAGUACGCCGACACCAUGGAGUUCCUAGCCCAGAAGAGGGCGCUGGCCCUGGCCCUCGAGGAGAAGGUGGCCCAGCUGAACAUCGAGCUGGACAAGGCCAACGCGGAGAUGCAGAAGACGGAGGACCACGCCGAGAGCUGUCGCAACAAGCUGCUCCGAGCGGAGGCCCUGAUCGGCGGACUGGGUGGGGAGAAGUCGCGCUGGAACAAGGCGGCCGAGGAUCUCCAGGAGCUGUAUGACCACCUGCCGGGCGACGUGCUCAUCUCCUGCGGCAUCAUCGCCUACCUGUCGGCCGUGAAUCUGCAAUACCGGUCGGAGUGCGUCAAGAACUGGUUCAAGAAGGUGACCGACCUGAAGAUCCCCUGCUCCACCAAGUACUCCAUCUCGGAUGUGCUGGGCCUGGAGGUGACCAUCCAGAACUGGCAGCUGGACGGGCUGCCCAACGACGAGUUCUCCAGCGAGAACGCCAUCAUCUCGGCCAACUCCAGCCGAUACAGCCUGUUCAUCGAUCCGCAGGCGCAGGCCAACAACUGGCUGAAGAACAUGGAGCGCAAGAACCGGCUGAACUGCGUCAAGUUCAACCAGAGCAACUACAUGAAGGUGAUAGCCGAGGCGCUGGAGUACGGCACCCCCGUCAUCAUCGAGAACGUGCAGGAGGAGCUGGAGGUGCCGCUCGACCCGAUCCUGAUGCGCCAGACCUUCCUCCAAGGCGGCGUCAAGCACAUCAGCCUGGGCGAGGCGGUGGUGCCGGUGAACCCGAACUUCCGGCUCUACAUGACCUGCAACCUGCGCAACCCGCACUUCCUGCCGGAGACCUUCAACAAGGUGACCGUGAUCAACUUCGCCCUCACCCAGAACGCCCUGAUGGACCAGCUGCUCAGCAUUGUGGUGGCCAAGGAGCGGCCCGAUCUCCAGGAGCUGCGCAUAACGCUCACCACGGAGGCGGCGGCCAACAAGGGAGCGCUCCGGGAUGCAGAGAACAUGAUCCUGAAGACGCUCAGCGCCGGCGGCGACAUUCUGGAAAACGAGGCGGCCAUCCAGAUCUUGGCGGACUCGAAGGGUCUGUCCAAGGACAUCGUGGAGAAGCAGGAGGCGGCCAAGGAGACGGUGGCCAAGAUCGAGGCCUUCCGGCUGAACUACAAGCCCGUGGCGGUGCACUCCUCCAUACUUUACUACUCCAUAACGGAUCUGCCGAACAUCGAUCCCAUGUACCAGUUCUCCCUCAACUGGUACAUCAACCUCUACAUGUACUCCAUCGAGACGGCCAACAAGUCGAAGGAUCUGCCGCGGCGCAUCAAGUUCCUGGUGGACGGCUUCACCCGCAACCUGUACAACAACGUCUGCCGCUCCAUUUUCGAGAAGGACAAGCUGCUCUACUCCUUCAUCCUCACCGCCCGCAUCCUGCUGGGCACCGGUCAGGUGGAGAUGCGCCAUUUUGCCCACCUGGUCACGAACGCCAAGGAGUCGACGAACAUUCCGCCCAAUCCGGAUCCCAGCUGGAUCACCGAAACCGUCUGGCUGAAUGUGCUCCGCUUGGAGGAACUGAAGGAGCUGAAGGGCAUUGUGGAGCACUUCAAGAGCCACCUGUCCGCCUGGCAGGCCAUCUACGACCACUUCUCGCCGGAGAAGCAACCUCUGCCGGCUCCGUGGCACGACAAGACCACCGCCUUCGAGAAGAUUAUUGUUUUAAAGGCUCUUCGCCCCGAUUCCGUGUUCCUGGCGGUGCGCAUCUUCAUUGCCGAGUGCAUCGGGGAUCAGUAUGUGACGCCGCCGGAGUUCGACAUCUCCAAGUCGUAUGCGGACUCCACGGCACUCACACCGCUGGUGUUCAUCCUCUCGCCCGGAGCAGAUCCUCUGGGCUCUCUGCUGGCGUUCGCCGAGAAGAUGGGCCAGGAGGAGUCCUUCCAGAGCAUCUCGCUGGGCCAGGGACAGGGUCCGAUUGCCACGGCGCUGAUCAAGAACGCUCAGGAGAUGGGCUACUGGGUGUGCCUGCAGAACUGCCAUCUGGCCGCCUCCUGGAUGCCCUACCUGGAGUACCUGUGGGAGAACAUGGACACCUUCAACACCACACCCAACUUCCGCAUCUGGCUGACAGCCUAUCCCACACCCCAAUUCCCGGUUACCAUCCUCCAGAACGGCGUCAAGAUGACCAACGAACCACCCACCGGACUAAAGGAGAACCUUAUGCGCUCCUACAACUCGGAGCCCAUCAACGACUACGAGUUCUACACGGGAUGUGCCAAGCAGGAUCGCGCCUUCACCCGGCUGCUCUACGGCAUUUGCUUCUUCCACGCGGUGGUCCAGGAGCGCAGGAAGUACGGCCCCUUGGGAUGGAACAUAGCCUACGGAUUCAACGAGUCCGACUUGCAGAUCUCUGUGCUUCAGCUGAGCAUGCUCCUGAACCAGUACGACCACGUGCCCUACGACGCCAUCUCGUACUUGACCAGCGAGUGCAAUUACGGAGGCAGGGUCACCGAUAACUGGGAUCGCCGCCUGAUCGUCACCAUCCUGGCGGACUUCUGCAAUGCCCAGGCAGUUUCCGACAAUCGCUACCGGUUCGCCAGCGACGAUCGCUACAUCCUGCCCCGCAAGACGGAGCACCGCGAGAUCCUGCGCUACCUGGACGAGAAUCUGCCCUCGCUGGCGCCGCCCGAGGUCUACGGCCUGCACGCCAACUCCGGCAUCACCCGGGAUCUGCAGACGACCAAGACGCUGCUCGACUCGAUGAUCCUUCUGCUGGGCAGCGAGGCAGCGGGAUCAGCGGGAGCGGGCGUCAGUGUGGAGCAGGUCAUCCUGGACACCAUCAAGCAGAUCGAGCACGACAUGCCCGCGGACAUGGACAUUGAGGCGGCGGCGGAGAAGUAUCCGGUGGACUACAACGAGUCCAUGAACACGGUGGUCGUGCAGGAAAUGGAGCGGUUCCUCAAGCUGCAGAAGGAGAUCCGGGCCUCCUGCCGGGACCUGGCCAUGGGCAUCAAGGGCAUCAUCGUGAUGACGCCCGAUCUGGAGAACGUGAUGACAGCGAUGAAGUUCAACCGCAUUCCGACCAAGUGGAUGUCCAAGUCGUACCCCUGCCUGAAGCCACUGGGUUCCUAUGUCCAGGAUCUGUACAAAAGAGUCAACUGGCUGCACGAUUGGCACCACCACGGGAAGCCGCCGACCUUCUGGUUGUCCGGAUUCUUCUUCACACAGGCCUUCCUCACGGGCGCCAUGCAGAACUUCGCCCGGAAAUACAAGAUCCCCAUAGACACCCUGACCUUCGACUACGACGUGCUCAAGGUGGAGACGAAGGCCACGCCGCCGGACGACGGGGUGUACUGCAACGGACUGUUCCUGGAGGGCGCCCGCUGGGACUGGCGUGACGGCUGCCUGGUGGAGCAGCUGCCCAAGGUGCUGAUCUACACCAUGCCCGUGAUCUACUUCCGGCCCAUCGGACUCGUCGACGUGGUCGAGGGCUCGCGCUACCGCUGCCCGCUCUACAAGACCGGCGAACGCAAGGGCACGCUCUCCACGACGGGUCACUCCACGAACUACGUGGUGCCGCUGCUGCUGAGCACCCAUGUCAAGGCCUCGCACUGGGUCAAGCGAAGCGUGGCCCUGAUCUGCCAGACGAGCGACUAAGCUUCCUAUUAAACCAUUUUCUGUUAACGUAUUCAUGUGUUUUGAACAUAUGCAAAGAUUUUUUAUUGCAUGUGUCUAAAUUACAAGGUAGAGUUGUAAGCGAA